AUGUCGAUGCAAGCUGCUAGACUUUCAAACUGUUUGCCUUUAUUGAAGUUGUGGAUGGUGAGAAGAGCAGGGCAUAUAUGGGGCCAUUUACUACUGGAUGAUUCUAAUGUCAAGAAGAUUUUUGCUCCAUUAUGCAAAACAGACAUAAUGGCCGCGAAGACUGUAUUGCUACUCCUAGCCGUCUUUCUCUUCGCCAUGGCUGCCGGCGCUUCACCUGAUCCAGUGCUUGACAUAGCCGGCGAGAAGCUCCGAGCAGGUGUCGAUUAUUAUAUAUUGCCAGUUUUCCGUGGGAGAGGCGGUGGGCUCACCCUUGCCAGCACUAGGAACAAGACCUGCCCGCUUGAUGUCGUUCAAGAGCUACAUGAGGUAUCCAACGGUCUCCCAUUGACACUUUCCCCUGUGAACCGGACGAAAGGUGUUGUACGAUUGUCCACAGAUCUGAACUUCAAGUUCUCUGCCGCGACGAUUUGUGUUCAGUCAACCGUGUGGAAGCUUGGCAAGUUUGACGAAUCAACGAGUCAGUGGUUCGUGACGAGUGGAGGGGUUGAAGGCAACCCGGGUCGUGAAACAACGAGCAAUUGGUUUAAGAUUGAGAAACAUAAUGGUGAUUACAAGCUUGUUUUCUGUCCUACGGUGUGCAAUUUCUGCAAGGUUUUGUGUAGAGAUGUUGGCAUUUACAUUGAAGAUGGCAGGAGGCGUUUGGCUCUGAGCGAUGUGCCAUUUGUGGUUAUGUUCAAGAAGGCUUAAGAGAUCCUUGUGAAACUUGUUUUCUUUGAGCAACUACACUAGUAUGAAUGUAUGGUCCUUCUCUAUUUCAAUCUAAUAAAAGAGGUGGGUUGCCAAUAAAA